GUUUUUACUACUGUCAUGCUAUUCGCUCCAGUCAGUAUGUACAAACAUAAGCCCACCAUCGCCUCCCAAGCCCGAGCCGGUAGUCGACAAAACCUCGUUCAAAUCAACGUAUCCAGCGAGGAACUACAACAGCGCAUACAGAACUUCAUCGAGAGAAAGAGACAGCAAGUGAACAUCAGUAAUAUACACGACUUCAUACCGGGGGAAGGGGAGAGCGAGACGGAAGAUACGGAGACGUGCGCAAGAGUUAGAGCGCAGUUUGUGAAACGGAAUGAUUCGAAAGGACAUUUAAAAAUCCGUAAGGUUCACAAUGAGUGGGGACCCCAAACAGCCGCACCAGCCCCUCUAUCCGACUCGGAGGACCACUCGGGUUUGCCACCGUCUAUCGCUGAGCGUGUGGUCACCAUCGAAAAGUACCUGAAUAUAACACCCGUGUCGAAGGAUGUAUUCAAACGUCUGAAAGAUAUGGAGGACAAAAUGACAUUUUUGCAGUCUGUUUCCCCGGAGUAUGCAAAUUUUUGGAAAACAAGAAAGACCGACGACGACGCGAAUUCCGAAAAUCUUGUGGAUUAUGCUUUCUCCGCAGACGACAUAGCGAAGAAAAUCGAACAAUUGGAAAAGGUUCACAUGUGAACACAAACUAAUUAACAUUUAUAAACUAUUUUUCAGAAAUAUCAGUAGCAAAAUGUAAUCAGUUUUACAAAUUGUAGUUGCAAAUAGAUCAUUUCAUACAGUUCAAAGGGUGGAAGUAAAUUGUGAA